AAAAAAUAUGUGUUGACUCACAUCUAGAACGUAUUUUGCUACAACGACGCCCUCUAGUUAAUGAACUGUCAACUAACCGCGUGUCGUCCAUGUUCCGAAUGUGGUGUGACUUAUUUUUGUUUUGUAUUAAUUUUUCGUAUUCUAAUUACCAAUGUGAAAUGAUAAAACAUGUGUUAUCCCAUAUAGUGGAACGUAGCUCCGGCUGAAUGGAUCCCUACGUCGGGUGGUAUCAGCCCGAGCAGGAAGGACCCGCGAAGCGAUUGUGGCUUCGUAUUUGGGAAACCCAAAGUGAAACAGACAAAAUGAACCUCAAAAAUUUAGAAAACUCUAAUCCUAAUGUGAAUAAAGCUCAAGACUUAGUACAAAUUAAUGAAGUGAAUGGUGAAAUUAGGAAUAAUAAUUAUUUUAAUCCUACGCGAAGGAAAGCGAACGAUAACCGCGCAUCUACGUUUAACCUGAAUCAGAACCACGAUGCUCUAAUAGGCGAAUACGGAGGGUGCCCUUGGCGGAUACCCAACUACACCUAUAAGCCCGGGAUACUCGGGCUACACGAAGAGAUCGAACACUUCUUCAUGUACAUGUCGCCGACGGAGACGGAACACCUCGUCCGAUCCACUGUUGUGUCGCGUAUACGCAGCGCGAUCCUGUCUCUGUGGCCUCAAGCACGCGUAGAAAUAUUUGGCUCUUUCCGCACCGGCCUUUACCUACCCACCAGCGACAUAGAUCUUGUUGUCAUUGGUCAAUGGGAAAAGCUGCCUCUAUGGACCUUGGAGCGUGAGCUGGUUAACCAGGACAUCGCAGAAAAGGAGAGCAUUAAAGUGCUGGAAAAGGCUACGGUGCCCAUCGUAAAGAUGACUGACAAAUACUCUGAUGUCAAGGUUGAUAUUUCGUUCAACAUGAGUAGUGGAGUGAAGAGUGCCGAGCUGAUAAAACAGUUUAAGGAAAAAUACCCGGUACUCUCCCGGCUUGUGAUGGUGUUGAAACAGUUCCUCCUCCAACGGGAUCUGAACGAGGUCUUCACUGGAGGCAUCUCUUCAUAUUCCCUGAUCCUGAUGUGCAUCAGCUUCCUCCAACUCCAUCCACGGCCUGAUAGACUUCGGCAAACCCACAACCUUGGGGUGUUGUUGAUAGAGUUCUUUGAGCUAUAUGGAAGAAAGUUUAACUAUGUGAAAACAGCGAUUAGAGUUAAAAAUGGAGGCAGUUAUUUAUCUAAGGAUGAACUGCAGAAGGAAAUGAAUGACGGGCACCGCCCAUCGCUGUUAUGUAUCGAAGAUCCGCUCACACCGGGCAACGAUAUAGGCCGCUCUAGCUAUGGCGCCCUACAAGUUAAACAGGCAUUCGAUUAUGGCUACAUCAUCCUGCAGCAAGCGAUAAGUGGGGCGUUGGGGUCGCACCACAGUGCCCUAGGACGCGUAGUGCGUGUCACAGACCAUGUGUUGCAAUACCGGCGAUGGGUGCAAGACACAUUUCAUCCGUUUUUCUUCCCGAUCCACAUUUCGGCCCAAAUCCCGCAGCCUACGCCCGCCCUGCCUGCCCCGCCCACCGUCGCGUGUCCAGAACCCAGUGAUAGCGAACCGGAGUGGUCAGAUGGAUCCGGCGGCGCGCCGAGUGGUGGCGGCGAGACGGGCCGUCGCACGUCGCCACCGCCCUUAUCAGCGCUGCAGUGCUCGUCUCCGACGCCGCGACGCGUUUCGGCGCACCAGAGCCUCAUAAUACAUCAUAUCACUAGCAAUUCUGACUUCAAUAAUAUACCUUCAGGUGUGAUGCAACAGCGGUUUAACAACAAUAACACGAGCAACAGCACCACCAACACCACCAACAGCAACAACAACGCUAACAACAACACCACUCCCAGCGGUGGGGAGCAGAAACCGCGGUCCAGCCGCUCGUUUUCCUCCAAACAGCGGCGGUAUACGUCACCACCGCGCUACCGUGAACCUCGUUCGAAUAAGAAGAGACGACAGUUCGCCCAGCCCCGAUGAUACCCGCCUACGCAUAGGCGAAAGCCGCGGACCACUUAGUGACUCAAUAGUGAUAAUAAUAGUGAAGUGUAAAACACUUAGUGAUGUACACUCACAGUGACUCGUGAUGUUUGUGAUCUGACAGUGAAACAGAUUGAUUAUAGUGAUGUGGAUUGGGCACUGCCUGGUGGAAUCUGCAAUCUAAAGGAUACCCACUUCACUAUAUUGUACACUAUGAUGUAAAGCAUGCUUUGGAAUUGGAAUCACUGGAUUGGCUCAAGGGAUGGAAAAUGCCUGUCUUCGGCUCACCCUAACGCCUGGGUUUACCUAAAAAACCAGUCGUAAUUGCUACGAAUCGUAGAUUUAUGAAACGGCUGUUGUAAUUAUGGCUGGUGGCUUAGAAUUGAUAUACGGCUUAGAAAGAUACUCGAUAGUUCUCGUUUUGGGUAAAAAUAAAGGUAAAAUGACAAGAAAUAUUAUUAUCGAUUCUAAAUUAGGGAAUACCGAUUAGUAAUUGUUAUGAAUUAAAUAUUCACCGACAAAUAUAACAUCAUGUUAUAGCUACAGAUAAAUUUAAAAAAAUACAAAAAAAGUUGUCUUGAUUUUUUUAAAUAUUGACUGAAAUAAAUAAAAAUAAUCAAAUGUCAAUUAAAUAUUUUUUGGUUUGGUAAUAUCCUUUUGCAGUAGGACUUGGUAUAUGUUAAUAAUGUAAUAUCAAAUUGUUCUAUGUCCUGGAUGCUUAGUAGCCAUUUUAAACUUAAAUUCAUAGAAAUAGUUUUUAUUACAUAUAAAAAUCAAGCAUUUCUGUAUGGAAAUUUAUAAUCUUUAGUAAAAUUCAUAGUUUUAAGAUCUACAUCUAAAACAUGUUACAUUAAAAAAAAUCAUUAAAGUUGUUUGAUUAAUGUACUUACAGAUAGGUCAUAUUUUGGUUUUAAUAAUAUUUCUAAACGUUUGAUCUGGAACACUGACAAGUCAAUAGAUAUUGAUGAUAUAUUAUGUGAAGGUCUGUUUUUAGCAAAUUACUUACUAAAUUUUUCAUUUUAAAAUCCAUUUCAAUUUUAAGACAAAUUUAUCACCACUGAGAUUUUUAUCAAGAAUUUGAUUUUUAAUAAGCCCAAUUUGAAAACAAAUAUAUUACCGCAUGAUUGCAUUUUUAACAAGAAAUAAAAAAUUUAAUUGACAUUUGAUUAUUUUAUAUACAUAAAUCAUUUGAAACUUUUAAAAAUAUAUAAACAGAAAUCGGUCUGAUAUACAGUAAUAACAUAUUGCCUAUUUAUCCGAACACACUGCCAAAAAUAUGGAUUUAGGUGACUAACCCGGUAAGGAUUUAGUGUAAAUGUAGUGAAAAUAACACCAAUUCUGUAUAUAAGACAACAGCGUGCGCUAGAUUAAUAAAUAUAAAAUUAUAUAAAUUUGAAAAAAAAUUAAAAAGCAAUAAAUUAGGCGUUUGACAUAAGUCACAGAGUAAGUCAAAAUAUGACAGUUGAGGCUUGUCUAUGAAUUAUAACGGACCCUACAUUUAUGAGGUGUUAGUGUUUCGAGCGCACGAUAUUAGUUCAAAAUCGUUUUUAACCUGACGUGGAAGGAUAUUCCGCCGUAGAUUGUUAUAAAAAAAUGACCGAACUUUUUACCGUUGGUUCGCUAAAAAAGAUGCGUAUUGUGUUGGCGUACACAAUGUAUCGAGGCCCUUGGUCAUAGCUUCGAACAAAAUUAGAUAAGAUCGACUAAGUAUAUUCGCACUGCCGAUCUCUUCGGUGCAGACGGGGUGUGGUCGAAAGACUUCUCAUAUAUCACUAGUUGGCCCAUUGACCGCGUGUUCAUGCUGUAUCGUAUAUCGUCAGUACCCAAUAAUCUUUGUACAUAUCUAAAAGUAGCAAGUAAGUAACGCGUAUGCGCGGGCUGUGAAACAUAUAAAACUCAUAAAGUUCUACAUUGAGGGGAAAAUUAAACCUUUUUAUCCCUGUCUGCACCCUGCCUUAUGUAAGACUAUGGCUAACUAAAACACCAAAAAAGCAAUACUACAUAAGUAAUAAUGAACUCACAAUAGUGACUGAUCGUGUACAAAUAUUAUACAAUAUAAUGUUAGGUGUUGUAGUAUUGAAGCAAAAAUAAUAUUAGAAAUUUACAGUAUCACAUGUUUGUAGGGAAUCUGAAUGAAUGCGUUGUACGGGUUGUAGCAGGGAGUGUUAUUGGGUCGGGUUCCUACACUAAUAACCAGAUCAUGCUUUAGCAUGUCGCAAAGAUUUUUGUCUUGUACAGUAGUUUGCGGCAGCUUACCAGAGGAUUUAUAUGGAAUUAAUAAGGUCACACCUCAUAUUCACAAAUAACUUUAUAUUGCGAUAGUUUGGCUUUUGGCCUCAAAUGUUGCUAGAUCCUUGUAAUUACAGUAGAUUUGUUAUUGAAACAUUGUGGGCUGUGUAAAUUUAAAUAAUACUUGUUCAGAAUGUAAUCUUAAAAAAUACGAUUUAUAAUUAACAAGUACAUCAAAACGUUUAUGUAUAUUUCGUAGAUUUUAAUUGGAUAGUAAUUAACUUGAUUGGAAGUUUCAUAGAGUGUAGACUCAAACUCUAGAGGGACCAUAUCUUUCUAGAACUAGUAUACACUCUUCUUUUCUGUGACACAACUUUGCCUUAUAUCAUUCAAGUGCCAAAGGAUACUUGACGGCUAAGACCCGGGUUCCAUGUGAAUACCAAAUUGUAAAUGUUACGAGGCGUAGAUUUUUAUAGUGCAUUUUCACGCCGUACAUUAUAAACCCGAGCAUAUUUGCGCAAUAUUUUAAGUAGAAAAUACCUGUUUUUUAAUAACGGUUGAUAAUUUAAUCUAAUUUAUUUAUUUGUUAUACAGACUACUUAGUUAUUUGGGUUAUAGGCACAGACAAUGCAAUUGUUUUAACUUAAAAAGUUGUUGAGUUAAUAUUUUGACACUAGACUUGAGUAUAAAUAUUCUACUGUCAACUUAAAAUAUAUAGAAGCGUUUCCUUGUAUAUAUUUUAAGUUAUAUUUUAUGCUGAUUAACCUGUUAUACAAACGGUCAAAAUUUUGUUCUCAAUUUGUUUAUCUCUUUUGAUAAAUUUUUUUGAACUACCCUCAGAAUUGAAGAGAAUGAUAAUAUUAGUGUCGCUUGGCAUUCCUAUGAACUCUUAAGAUACUCGAGAAAUAAUAUUUUAAUGUAAUUAAAAUAUGUAAAGUAUAAUUUCGAGUAAAACGCGACUCUAGUCUAAAAUUUGUAUAAAAGUGAUAUUAUUUAUUUUAUUCUGAACUACUCAUUGGCCUGUAUUAAUAUUUAGUUGUUUUAAGCUCUGUAAAAUUUGUCGAACAUAGACCAAUCAUAGCUUAUUAAUAAACAUACUAUAGGUUGUUAAAGAAUGUCUGUUGGAGGCCUAAAGUAUGUCUAUCAAUAAGGGGGUACUUGCUUUGAAUGAGUCUUCAACAUUAAGAUUAUCUGGUACCAUCUAUUAUUGCCUUGAUAUUUAGUUCUGUGUGUUGCUAACUUCCUACUAACAACCGUUUUUAUCCUCUGACAUUACCAUGUCCAUAAAAAUUUAUUUGAUGUAGGAAUUCAGUAACUCGCAACAAUUCUAAUAUGUCAUGUCUAUCAAGAUAAAUUUAAGUGGGAAUUUAUCACAGAUGACCAUGAGAGCAACAUUAUUUAAUUUAAAGACAUUGAUGUUAUAUAGUUAAUGGUCACAAACUCUUAAAUAACCAAGUAAAGUAUAUUCAUAUGUACAUAGAUAAUCCACAUACAUUAUAUAACACAUCCUACCAUACUAUAUGUAAAUUAUAUAAACAAUGAAAUCUACAAGAGAUGGCUGUAUACUCAUGUUUUAGAAAAUGAAACUACUGAAAGAAAGAAAUUGUGUUUAUAAUGUAAAAUCUAUGAUUUGAUAUGAAUAAUCAAGCAAUAUGUACUGUGUCUAUGGUGAUGUCAAAAUUUUAACCUGUGUAAAAUAUAGUAAUUAAAUUUGUACCCAAAAUAUUAACAUAAUGAAGUUCCGUAUCGUAAAACGUGUUUUCAGGCGAAAUCUAUAUUAUAUCUGUUAAUAUGUUGAAAAUUAAUGUUUGCAUAUAUCAUAGAUUUUGACCUAUUACCUUUUUAGAGUACAGAUCUACAAUAUUAAUACCCCAAUAUUCUAGGUAAAUGAAGUUUGUUGAUUAACCAUAGAGUAUACCAAAAUGCCACAGAUGUAUGUAGCUUUGAAGGGCUCAGAAAAAAUAAAUGAUCUCAUAACGUUUUUAAAAAGUUAAUCAUAAAAAAAUACAUAAAAAUAUAAACUUAAUAAGUGCAAAUAAAUAUUAUAGUGUAAGUGCAUUGCGCGUCACAGAAAUUUAGACAAACUUUUUGCAAACAACACUCGAUUAAUAUUGCGACGAACUUUAGAAAGAGAUGUAAAUUUGAAAAGAGAUAAUUCUAGAUUAUGUGCCAUUUGUCGUUGGUUUGAAGAGCGGCGUUUGUGCGAUAGAGACCACGCUCUACAACCGGUAAUGACGGUUAUCUCUUUCUAAUAGUCGAUGUGGAAUAUUUUUCGCUGAGUACGUAAUAUUGUUUUGGAAUAAAUAUAUUUUAUAGCGCAGCUUUUUAAAACAUGAUGUGUGAUAGAUACGUUUAAAAGAAAUUAUUGCAUUUACAAAUGAAUUGUCAUGUUUUUGUGACGCGACGCGUUUAGUCAUUUUGUAUAUCUUAUCUCGAUGUAUGUUAGUAUGUUGUUAUGUAAUGUACAUACGGAUAGACAAAUGUACAUACGCUUGUAUAUAUUGUGUAAAUACACGAGAUAUACAUAUAUUUAAUAUUAAUAUAAAGUUUGAAUUAAAGAACGUUUUAAAUAAAAUAAAUUUUUAAAAAAUACAAAAAAAUAUAAAAAUUUAAUAAAGACAUACAGUGAGUAUGAAGUCGAAAACCAA